ACGGAAUCAUCAUGACCGCUCUCAAGAUUUUCAUUCCAUUUCCCAGCAUCCUUCCGCGAGCCCAAGAUGUGAUCGCUGAUUGAUUUUGUCUAAAACACGUACCUCGUGGAUAUUUGAAACAAGUCCUCAUUACCAUCAGUAUUGUACUAAUCAACAUAUGAGUCGAGGCAACUAAAUAACCGCGAAUUUAAACGGAGAAAUAUAAUUAACAAUCAUAAUCCCUAUAUAUACUCAUAUAUACAUAUACCUACUGUGAAAAUUAUAUAAUACUAUAAUAUAAAAUGAACGAAACAACAAUUCCAUUCAACGAGAGCGAUGAUUUCUGGGGAGAUUAUGAUUUAGACGAGUCCUUGAAUUUUUUUGAUUGGUCAGAAUUGGCUCCUGCACUGGUUGUUUAUUCAAUCACAUUCUGUCUUGGAUUAACCGGUAAUGUUGUGAUAAUAGCGUCAACGUUAUGUCCUAAAUUGCGGCCACUACCGUCAACACCGACAAACAUUUUUCUCGGCGGACUUGCCAGCGCCGAUUUUAUAUUGAUCACGUUCUGCAUACCUGUCAAGAUUGCCAAAUUAUUUUCUUAUUCCUGGACCAUGGGGGCGUUUGUUUGCAAGUCGGUCCACUAUGUCCAGAGUGUUGCGGCUAUUUGCUCUGUGCUCACUUUGACGGCGAUGUCUAUUGAGAGAUAUUACGCGAUAGUCCAUCCAAUGAGGGCUCAGUACACCUGCACCAUCAGCCAGGCGAGACGAAUCGUCAUCGCAACCUGGACUGCAUCAUUUUUUUUGGCCAUUCCUAUCAUAUUCACCCAAAUCCAUAAGCCCGUGGGUGAGCGCAUUCCGUCUUUUUGGUGUGUACGUGACUCGGAUUCACAACUUCUCUGGCGUUUACAUGAGCUCUAUAUGCUUCUGCUGGUCCUCGUUGUCCCCCUAGUGGUUAUGGCUUUUUGCUACACCGCCAUAUGCUGGGAAAUUUGGCGCGUUAUGAAGCGAAGAUAUCACAUGACAUCCAGACAUGCAUUGAGUCCAACGAUAUCCACAAAUAACGGAGAGUGUAUCCUUAUGACGGAAAGGGGACGAGUGGAAAAUUCACGACGAUCUAGAAGCCGACGUGAAAAUACGAGGACAGAGGGUGAAUCCCGGACUAUAAAGCAGGUCGUGAAAAUGUUGGUGGCAGUGGUGGUGCUCUUCGCAAUCUGCUGGAGCCCUUUGCUUAUCGACAACGUGCUCACAGCCUACGAUAUCCUGCCGCGAAUAAAACAUGGCUCCAUCAAGCACAUGAACACCGCAUUCCAGUUGAUGGCCUACUUCAACAGCUGCAUUAAUCCGAUUGUUUAUGGAUUUAUGUCGAAACACUUCAGAGAGAGUUUCCUUGCAGCAGCUUGCGGUGGUUGGUGGUGUUGUUGCCGUAGAAAAGUAUAUACACCUCCGGUUAAAAGGCAUCCGAGCCUUAGUCAAACAAGGACGACAAGUGUUAGGUGGGCAUGACAGCUUAAUCGGCGGGAUUACUAGUUUCGUCAAUAGCAAGAGCAUUUUUGUUCAUUAAUAUAAAUAUAUAUAAGCUUGACAUAUCAAAGUUUAAUGAAGAGAUUUUUUUUUAAUUUAUGUGCACAAGGACAAUUUAAAGGAAA